UCCUCCUGCGAGCCACCCCGUCCACCGACAGCGGCGCUUCCCGUGACGCCUCGAACGGAAUCAGAUUCGGACACAUGCGCUCUCACAUCAGGUCCCUGCCCCCUGAUACACGGCAGCAGCAGCGGGGUUACUUUCCGUAUACCGUCGAGCUCCAGCGCUGAUGGGAACCUCGGGGCAUAGCCUACUUAUCCAGCUGAGCAGCAGUUAUUAACAGGAGGCUGUCAGAGCUCUUCCCGGACAAUACCAUGAAGUUAGAAGUCCUUCUUCUCCUCCUGUUGGGUUUUUGCAAGCUGUCCCCCGCCAAGAUUGCCGCUCCAAAUGAGUUCGUGUCCUUGGCGGAGAUGGAGGAUGCUUUAUUGAAGAACCUUUUCCAAGGCUAUCAGCGCUGGGUUAGGCCAAUCCAGCGUGCCAAUGACACUGUUAAAGUACGCUUUGGACUCAAGAUCUCUCAGCUGGUCGAUGUGGAUGAGAAAAAUCAGCUAAUGACAACUAAUGUUUGGCUGUGGCAGGAAUGGAUUGAUUACAAGCUGCGAUGGAAUCCAGAUAAAUACGGAGGAAUCACCUCCAUCAGAGUUCCUUCAGAAAAUAUCUGGCUCCCAGACAUCGUCCUGUAUGAGAAUGCUGAUGGGCGGUUUGAGGGUUCCCUGAUGACCAAAGCUAUUGUGAAGUACAACGGGGCCAUCACAUGGACACCACCUGCCAGUUACAAGUCUGCCUGCACCAUGGAUGUCACUUUUUUCCCUUUUGAUCGCCAGAACUGCUCCAUGAAGUUUGGGUCCUGGACCUAUGAUGGCAGCAUGGUGGACUUGGUUCUCAUGGACAACCAGGUUGAUCGGAAAGACUUCUUUGAUAACGGGGAGUGGGAGAUACUCAGUGCUACUGGUGCCAAAGGAAACAGAAAAGAUGGCUUGUUAUCCUAUCCCUUCAUCACAUACUCCUUCAUCCUGAAGAGGCUGCCCUUGUUCUACACGCUGUUCCUAAUCAUCCCUUGUUUGGGUUUGUCCUUUCUGACCGUCCUGGUCUUUUACCUCCCCUCAGAUGAAGGAGAGAAGCUUUCACUCUCUACCUCCGUCCUAGUGUCACUUACUGUGUUCCUGCUGGUCAUUGAAGAAAUUAUUCCCUCCUCCUCCAAAGUCAUACCCCUGAUCGGAGAGUACCUCCUCUUCAUCAUGAUUUUUGUCACCCUCUCCAUCAUCGUCACUGUCUUUGUCAUCAAUGUCCACCAUCGCUCCUCAGCCACUUACCACCCAAUGUCGCCGUGGGUUCGAAACCUCUUUCUUCAAAAACUGCCCAGAUUGCUGUGCAUGCGAGGGCACACUGACCGCUACCACUACCCAGAGCUGGCUCCCGAAAGCCCUGAGCUGAAGUCUCGCUCUGCAGGUCGGAGAGGCCAGAAGACAAACAGUGGUUCGCACGGACCGACGACUUCUGAUGGGAAGGACGAAGAAGCCUGGGGCGCUAUGUUGGAGAAAGCCAUCUAUUCGGUGCGCUACAUCAGCAGACAUAUCCGUAAAGAGCACUUCAUCCGUGAGGUGGUACAAGACUGGAAGUUUGUGGCCCAGGUGUUAGACAGAAUCUUCCUUUGGGCUUUCCUCACUGUCUCAGUAUUAGGCACCAUCCUUAUCUUCACUCCAGCUCUGCAGAUGUUCAUGAAAAUCCCUCCUCCAACUCCAAGUGAGGAACAAGCUUCGGAGCAGUUACACUGACGAGGCAACUGAUCAUCUGCCUUCAAAGAAAACAUUUUUUAAACAUGGUACCACUGAGCAAGAAAAGCCCACUGCAGGCACUUUUUACAGGGUUUUGUUGACUAUGUGACUCUUUCUGUUAAACCACUGUGUAAAAUAUACAUGCAAAUAAGUCAUCAAGUCACUGUGUCUGUUUAGUCAAUAUCAUAACGUUUCAUCUGAUUAUAUUGGCAUUUUAUUCUGGUUUAAGAUACAUACGACAACCUCAGUAAACAGUAGUGUCACCUGUGUUCAUUUUCAGCUCGCAAAUUGCCAAAAUAAAAAAAACAACAACAAAGAAAUGCUUCAUAAACUCUACACCAAAUGGUAUUUAGCUAUCAAUAUACAAGAUUAAGGUAAAACCCCAUAAUUGCCUUAUUUUUUAUGUUUUUAACCAACAUCAUAUUUAAUUUUAUAUUUUUUUCUUGAAAUACUUUUUUUUCAAAUUCAAAACAAAUUUCUACUCUGGGAAUUGUAAUUAAAUAAAACAUCUAUGAGGGCAUUGUCAAAGCUAUUAUUUAACAGUAGGCUACUUUUUGUAGUAAACUACAAGAAAAAUAAUUUCUGCAUACAGUCUUUAAAGUACCUUAAACAGAGAUCCCACCACCUUGCAAAACGUUUGACUUUUGAUUUCACACAUUAGGGGAAAUAAAGUAUUAAAGGAAAUAUACUUAACUUACUCUUCCCUGAGUGUUUUUUUUCAUGUGACAAGGCAUGAAUAAACCUGAAAUAAAAGUAAUAAACAGUAAAAGUUAACGUUAGCAAUAAGUCAGAUGAACUGACUUAUUGCUGAAAAUGAUGGCCCUGAUUUGGCCCUCAGGCUGUAUGUUGAGUAUCACCACACUGAAUCUUAAAAAUUGUGCUGUUCUGUUUCAGUAGCAUUUACUGAUUUGUCAUUUGUGUCGUCCUCAUCAGAUACAUUUUUCUCACAGCAGACAAAGAAUACAUUUAAAGUAACAAAGCGUACUGGAUUAAUGAAAACAACCCAAUAAAAGUUUGUUGUUUUUAUUGUUUCGAUGUACCUAAUUAAACCAAUAAAGCUGGUUUAAAUACACAAGCCUGUUUAAGAUAAUGCUGUUUUUAGACUCGCUUAGAAUUCAGCAAAAAAUGUAUUUGCUCAUCAUGUUGUUUGCAAAAUUUAAGUCACUGCAGUGUCACAAAUGGUAUGACUU